CAUGGCGUGUAAACAACCUCUCUACAAAAUUAAAAACAAUGAUGGAUCCACACGGGAUACAAACUAGAUCUAAAAUACCCCGUAAAGUGCUAAUAUACUGUUCCUGCUUUGUAUUUUCAGAUGCAUCAAGCUAGUUAAAGUCCCCUGUGCCUAUGUACCACAAUGAACUAUCAUGCCUCAAUCAAAUGGCGCAUUAAUUCAACCAGCCAAUUAUUGUGAUGAAGCAGCGAAUUAGAUUGUUCAACAAGGAUGAAUUAUUGUAUCAUUGUGAGUGAUGUUAUACCCUUUGUGGGAAAAUUGAUGUAACAUGGCGACUACGUUAUCGAAGGAUUUCGCUGCAAUAUUUUCCAUCGUUUUCUUUGGCGGGUUAUUUCUUUUCAUCUGUAUAAUUUCCGCAAUUAAAGCGGUCAGAGACCGUAAGAAAAUUAAGAAAUUCAUAAAAGCUAAGGAGGAGGCAAUGAGAGCUGUACGGUUAAAAAGACAAGCUUAUGUGAACAUGGGUCAGAUUGAAGAAUCGCCAAAGCAUGUGAAUUACGUCAUAUACAACACAAACACAGGGAACGGCCCGUCUGCAAAUCAUAACUCCGCACCUGUUAAUGGUGGUUUGAUUGUUCAAAGUGAAUACUCAAAUGCAAUUCAGAACAAUAAGAAGACUUCGCCAAAUAAUGAGGAUGCAUCAAACUUACAGUACCAUUGUGAUGGAUAUUCUCCACGAGACUCUGUAUACUCCAUAGACACCUCAUUACGUCAUAUUGCUUCCAUGGAAAGCCUUACUGAUGACGUAAUGAAGUCGAUUAACAAACGUGAUCUCCAGAAACUAAAACAGGAAAAGAAUUCAAAAAAUGACAAUUUACAGCAAUCUUGUCCUCAAAGUACUUACAGUUCUUCUCCUAGUAGUGCUAACUUGAAAUUACCAGAAGAUUACGUCACUGCUACAAAAACAUUACGUCGUUAUUCCUAUCAAGUGGCAUGCGCAGAAUCAACACUUGAAAAAACCCAGCCACAGUUCGCCAAGUCAGAGGCUAUCAUAAAAGCAUACAAAAGUAACAAUAUUGCGUUUGAAAAUGUUGCCUUUAAUAGUGAUAGGAAUCCUUAACACUGACCAUUUAUACUUUUGAAUAUACAUCACCGUAAAUCCAUGACAUUGCAAUGAAAACACUUGCUUGUCGACUCAGCAGUAAAAUACAACUAUUCAUUUAAGGCUAUAAGUAUUUUUGUUCUAUCCUUUUUUAAUUACAUUUAGUGUUUACACAGUAUCAGCUUUAUACUUGUGAAGAAAAACUCAAUACUGUUUUUAUGUAAUACCAAUACAUGAAUCGGUUCAUUGUACUGUUUCAAUGCAACACCAAAUACAGGUAGACCAUAAAAAUGUCUUACAAUUGUUCAAUAGUAGCAUUGUAAAACUGGCUUUCCUGAUAGAUAUUGUAAAAUUUUAAUUGCAUAUCAUAUGCAAAAAUCCAUACUUCAACAAUACCUAUGCAUGUCUGACAGAACUUGACAUGCAAAAAAAAAAAAAAAUCAUUAAUGGCCAUUUUGUGCUUGAUUUACCAUCAUGUAUUGAUUGCACAUGUUUUAUAUAAAAAUUUUCAAAUAAUAAAUAGGAUAUAAAACUAUAGAA